UGAAUACAAUUUAAAACGAUACAUUUUCUGGUUUUUAAUCGAAAGGCUCGAGAUUCGUGACCGAGACGUAAUUAACUUGGUUAUAUCUAUUCGUAUGUAUAAGAGAUAACAUAAUACUGAUCACGUGGACACCUUUUGAAGUAUCAUUCUCUAACUUCGAGAUCUUUAAUAUAUUAUAGCUUUGAAAAAUUACCUUAAAAGUAAAAAUGCACGAAAAAUCCCAAAUGAAAUAGUUUAAAUUUAUAUAUAUUUUUUUAAUUACUUUAUUAUAUUGAAAACGAAUUUCAUGCUCGAAAAUCAGUGGUGCAGAGCACUCGGAAAAUAUUAAAUCCACGUGCUAAUAAUAACUACAUAACAUGAGUGUUAAAACGAAGGCACGUCAUAAUAAUAUUAUUACGUAUAUCAUACACGGCCCCGGAAUCCUUCUCGUCUCAAUAUUAUGACUGCUGUCAUCGACACGUGCGUGUGCGGUAUUCGAGCAGGGCCGCGUGUGCACCCUUUUGUAAUGAAAAUAUUGUACAUUUUAAACGCCAACGCGAGAAAAUAAUAAUAUAUAUAUAUCGACAGGAUCUGACGUACAGCUGCGGUCGCAUACGACGUGAAAAAGCUGUAAAGAUAUGUAUAGAUAUCUUGUAUAUAGAUAUGCGUGUGUCGAGAGAGUGUUCUCCUUCGUUUUUCGCGUGUGGCGCAGCUCAUAAUAUUAUUAUUAUUAUCAAUGAUGAUAAUAAUAAUAAUAAUAAUAUACGUGCUAUUUGGCGUUUGUUUUUGCCCUCGGGUAUCGUCUAAAAAUAUUCAUCGAUCUAAUCAUCACAACCGCGGUGCACUGCGCGCGCUAGUUUGGUACUUUAUACAUAUUAUUUUAAAUAUAAUAUUCAUACGCGUGUGCGCGUAAAUUUUGCGUGGAUAAUGGAUAUAGAGUAAUCGCUUCAGUUUUGAACGUGACACAGUAGUGCGAAGACUGUGCUGGACGCGCGACGUCACGCGACAUUACGACGUUUUGAUGACAAUCGGAAUAAAAAAUUAUUAAUAAAUUAUAAUAAAAAAUAUAAAACAUAAAAAACCGUGCACGUGUGGUUUUUCGUUGUUGAAACAUUUCGUACCGUUAUAGAAAAAUAAUAUUUUAAUAUGACAUAAACACCGAUCAGAAGUUACGUCCCGUCGCGUGCCAAACCACGGAUCGGGAUCACAGACCAGAUACGACCACACGCUUCACGAUCUAACGAUGCGUGACGACCAAGGUCACAGUUGACAUGGAUGGUGAGAACAGGAUCAUACUAAACGUCGGUGGUAUCCGUUACGAGACCUACAAAGCCACAUUGAAGAAAAUACCAGCUACGAGGCUUAGCAGACUCACCGAAGCUUUAGCCAAUUACGAUCCUGUGCUCAACGAGUAUUUUUUUGAUAGGCAUCCAGGCGUGUUUGCCCAAGUACUCAAUUACUAUAGGACGGGAAAACUACAUUACCCGACAAACGUUUGUGGACCGCUUUUCGAGGACGAGCUGGAGUUUUGGGGACUCGACUCGAAUCAGGUAGAGCCCUGUUGCUGGUCCACUUACAGCAUUCACAGAGACACCCAGGCGACCCUCGCCAUUCUCGACAAGCUGGAUAUCGACUCCGAGAAACCAAACGAGGAGGAAGUUGCCAGAAUGUUUGGUUACGAGGAAGAAUACUUGGCUGGAACACUGAACCUUUGGCAGAGGACCAAGCCAAAACUAUGGGCGCUCUUCAACGAACCGCAUUCGUCGUUAUCGGCCAAGGUAAGUGUGGUGGUCGCUGUCAUAUCGGUGUUUUUUAUAUGCGUGUCCGUACUGUCGUUCGCGCUGAAAACUCAUCCUGACUUACGAGUGGCGACAUUGAGGAACGUGACCGUGCCCAAGGAUCGGCCGCCAGCCCCGGGCGAGGACCCUCCGAUGGAAUGGGUACUCAGCAAGGACCGGACCGAUCCUCACGAGGCUUUUUUCUACGUGGAGCUCGUUUGUAACGUUUGGUUCACAUUCGAACUCCUGGCUAGAUCUAUCGUAACCCCUAACCUCGUGCACUUCGCCAAGUCUCCGGUAAACAUCAUCGACUUCGUAGCUACGCUCAGCUUCUACACGGACACCAUGCUGCAGAGCACUCUGGCCCACCGUUUCGAUAACACCGAAAUUCUAGAAUUUUUUUCGAUCAUUCGCAUCCUAAGGUUGUUCAAGCUUACCAGACACUCGCCAGGGCUGAAAAUACUCAUACACACAUUCAAAGCGUCCGCAAAGGAGCUCACUCUGCUCGUGUUCUUCUUGGUGUUGGGAAUCGUCGUUUUCGCCAGCCUGGUGUACUACGCUGAACGAUUGCAGGCCAAUCCACAGAACGACUUCAAGAGCAUACCGGAAGGAUUGUGGUGGGCAAUCGUAACCAUGACCACGGUCGGAUACGGCGACAUGGCGCCCAAGACGUACAUGGGCAUGUUUGUCGGUGCUCUGUGCGCGUUGGCCGGCGUGCUGACCAUUGCACUCCCCGUUCCUGUCAUCGUGUCGAACUUCUCCAUGUUUUACUCACACACACAGGCCCGUUCAAAGUUACCAAAAAAAAGGAGAAGGGUGCUACCUGUGGAGCAGCCUCGACCAAAACGUUGUGACGCCGUCUGUGCGGGUGUCAUGGGUGCUGCUGGGCUGAUAGGAAAUCGUAGAAUGGUCGCCACUCCUACCCCCGGAGCGAUACUCAAAGAUAGUUUCGUAACUCCAAAAUUAGGCAACAUUAACGGGAUGAACGUGCUGAGUCUCGCGUUCCAAGCACCACAAAUACCUGGCAUGUCUGCACCGUCUUUUUUGCCGUACAAUUCACCCCCGAGACACUCGCAGGGACCGCAAGACUCAUUUCCCGGAGGUGUACUUAACGGCCGUGGCGGAAUUGUGGCCCCGGCACCACUCCAACCAAGGGCGGCGACGAUUGAAUCCGUAUUCCUUCCGUUACAGCCAAGUUUGUUGGUGUCCUUGGGCGAGGACUCCAGGCCUCAGGACAUUGUAAUGCAGAGGACGUCUUCGUUGCCAAACUCAUCCGGAAACGAUUCUGUCAAUCCGUCGUCUUCAUGAACAUUUUGCUCACGUUAGAUUGUUUUUUAUUUUUAGAUUCGUUUGCAAUGUUUGCAUUGGCCCAACGCCAUCUAGUGUCGGAAUGACGGCGGUGAUCGGCACCGGAAAACCGAAUUCGUUCGCAACACAGAUAGCGGAUACUCAUUCACAAACGCUAUAAUGUUAUUAUUACACUUCUGUUCCAAACAGGCUGAAUAUUUUUCGUACAUCUAAUUUAAUUCUAAAAAUAAUAUUGAUAUUGAAUGAACAGGCGAAGCCCGGGUAUAUAUAGUCCAUCGUUACUUUUAGAUGCAUCGAAUGUUGUCAAUCCAACUUUCGAUGGUCGUCGAAUGUGCGAAGUAAUUUUUUGUGUGCGGUAACAGAUAGGUAGACCUAAUCAUAUUUUUUGAAUGACCACCAUGGGAGAAAAAUUAAUUAUGCAUGACGCAUGUUUACCAUGAUUCUAAGUCUUUGAAAUUAAAUAAAAACAAUACACGUGUGUAAUUUAAUUUUAGUUCAUAAACCAAUCGCACGUGCCAAAUAUUAUUUAAAAAACGUAUUGUAUAAAUAUUUUUCUUUCUGUUAUAUUUUACGAAAAACCCAUCACCGUGGUCCACUUUAUGAAAUUUGUUCAAUCUAUAAUAUAAUUUAUUAAUAACAUUAUAAUAAUAUAAUAUAUUGUACGUUACCACGCUUAAAUAUUGUAUAACAAUGUCCAACACUACGUUCAUUUUACCCUUUUAUAAAUAUUAUGUGUUUAAUACAUUUUCAUUAUUCUGUGAUAUUUUGUUAUAUACAUAUUAUUAUGUGUCUUUUUUUUUUAAUUUUUAUUUUGAUAAUAAUUUAGUCUUAACUAUAUAAUAUUAUAAAAAAAAUAAAUGAAAAUUGUGUAUUUUCGAUGUCAAAGUAAAUCUGUUUGGAACCCACUAAUACCGAAUGACUGAUAAUUAUAUUAUAUAUUAUAUAUAUUAUACAUAUUGAGUCUUGCAAUAGAUAAAAGAAUAUACGGGGUCAUAGAUGAAUAGGAAAUUUACGAAUAUAUUAAAAUAUUACCGUAAUAAUAAUUUAUGUUGUCAAUAUGCAUUUGUAAAUUCGUUGCACUGUUGUUUUUAAUUUAAAAUAAAAAUAUAUACCUACCAA